CCUCUCAGUUACAGAAGAGACGGGGACACAGACACACUUUCACAGCCAAUCCGCAGUGUUAAAUAACCCUGCUACGCUAAAAUAAAAACACUUUUAUAACACCGUUCCUUCUGGAUUACACUUCCACUUUCCUUAAACAGAAAAACUAAGGAGUAUUUCCCUUUUCUAUGUUCUCUUUUGCUUAUCACAGCCUUUUGUGCCUGACCUGCCACCAAGGAAACCAGAACAACAGAGCAGGAAGAGAGAGAUAGACAGUGAGCCUGAGAGAGACGGAUGUGUCCGGAGGAUGAGUCCGGCUUUAGAAGCAUUGAUGGAGGGGUGUAGAUACCCAGGGAAAGGCGAAAUGAAGGGAGGAGUAAUGUUGGAACCGUUUGUUCAUCAAGUCGGUGGUCACUCUUGUGUACUGCGCUUCGGGGAGCAGACUAUCUGCAAACCACUGAUACCAAGAGAACACCAGUUUUACAAGAGUCUGCCACCCGAGAUCCGCAAAUUCACACCACAGUACAGAGGUGUGGUGUCAGUGAGUUUUGAGGAAGAUGAGGAGGGGAAUCUGUGUUUGAUUGCAUACCCGCUUCACAGCGAUCCAGUUGAUUUGGAGAACAAGGAGCCCUCUGCUGACGGUGAGCCCAAGAAUAAGCUUGUCAAGUGGGGGAAGAAGAAGACAUCGGCCCUGCUCCCAGAAAAUGAGAGAGUCAGACAGAGCCGCAAAGAGGAGAAGGGCAAAAGUAAUCGGGAAGAUAAGGCCGAGGUUCUGUACUACAGUUUGGAGAAAGGCAAUGUUGUUCCUCAGAUCAAGCACAACCCUUGGAGUUUGCAGUGCCACCAGCAGCACCUACAGAGGAUGAAAGAGAACUCCAAACACCGAAACCAGCACAAAUUCAUUCUGCUGGAGAACCUAACAUGGCGGUAUCGGGUUCCAUGCGUUCUUGAUCUGAAGAUGGGAACACGCCAGCAUGGAGACGAUGCCACUGAGGAGAAGAAAGCCAAUCAAAUCCGUAAAUGCCAACAAAGCACUUCCUCCUCUAUUGGAGUCCGCCUCUGUGGCAUGCAGGUGUAUCACAACUCUACAGGGCAACUCAUAUUUAUGAACAAGUAUCACGGCCGCAAGUUGAGUCUAGCAGGGUUUAAAGAGGCUCUUUGCCAGUUCUUUAGUGAUGGACGAGUUCUGCGCCAAGAACUUCUGACCCUAGUGCUGCAGAGACUGAGAGAGAUGAGGGCGGUUCUGGAGGCUUGUGAGAGCUAUCGUUUCUUCUCCUCGUCUCUUCUCAUCAUCUUCGACGGUGCUCCACCCCCUGCCCCAUCUAGAUCCCGGCCAUGUCGUGGAGGAGAGGAGGAAGAUGAGGAAGACGAAGAGGAAGAUGAGGAGGAUGAAGAUGGAGCCUACGGAGGGCGUCACGACCUCUCCAGCAGCUCUGGUUUGGUUUCACCCAUGGUAGAUGUGCGAAUGAUCGAUUUCGCCCACACGACGUGUCGCGAUUACGGAGAAGACAGCGUUGUUCACGAGGGUGAAGACAGUGGCUACAUCUUUGGUCUACAGAAUCUCAUCAGCAUUCUGUCACAGCUUGAGGAACACAGCAACGACUAGAUGCUCGUGCGCCAUCUAACCAUGUAUUGCCAUGCCAGGCUUAUCGUGGGCACCCUGACCAUGCCAGCAGGGUCUGAGUUCAUGCUUAGCUCGCUCUGCUGUGCUUUUUCAAAAGCCCUAGCAGGAGCAGAUAUGUAGCCACGGGUGAAAGGGUCAGUCCUGAAUUACCAGUAACCCUCAGGAGCUGACAGGACUGAACUGCUUACAAGCAGGUUUGUUUUGUAAUUUCUCCAAAGGAAGUAGUGUGGUCCCUCUCUACGCCUGUUGCUUCUGCUCGCCCUCAAUGACAGAGGGGCGGUAGAUGAGUUUCCGCGAGAUCUCAUCUGUAUCUAUAAUUGUUCUCUUCAUCUAUGAAAGAUAAGGGAGAAAAGCUAAUGUUUGCAUCGAAUAAGAAGCUUUUUUUUUUUAAACUGAGAAUAAUAUAGACAUUGUCUGUCACAAACACCUAUCGGUGGAAGGUGGUUUUGUAGCAAGAGAACAGAGAUAUUUUGUCUCUUUCUAGUAGAACUUGGUAGCACAAUGAUAAACUGAUAUUACAAAUGUGAUACUUAACAACUAAGCAACAUAAAUGAAGGUGCUUUAAAAACUCUAAGCAGGACCCUGCAGGAGCCGGACACAAGGGAAGAAACCUUUUCUCCUUUUUUGAAGGGAAAGAUGGUUGUGUGGAAAAGGGAAUUCACUUCUUUUGCUCCACACAUUCCUUGCCAUAAAAGACUAUUGGACAUUUUCAGUUGGACAUUUUGUUGGCAACAGCUGACAAUAUGGACAUUUGAAUAUAUUUCAUUGUCUUAGAUCCACUUCAUUCCACAACCACGUGUUUUAAAAUCCUCACUCCAGAGACUUUAAAGAGAAUGCUAUUUAUUUAUAAGAAUAUUUCUAUAAUGUGAAACAGAAACUUUAAAUGGAAAUGUGACAUUCCAUCCCUUAGUUAUACAGUAUGAUGUAUGUAUGAUGUUGGUAGAGAAAGAUUUUUAUCACCUGGUUUUCUCUGUGUUUGACAUUAUGAAACAAAAUAAAGCCAAUUCUGUGUUGUUGUGGUACAUUUUGGAGGCCUUUUAUUUCUGUGCUUGUUUGUGUGUGUGUACUAGUACUAACAAGAGAAUUAGAUUACGGCAUCAGCAUGGCAUGUCCUGCACAUUAGACACAAUCAAGCAACUACUUAGUACCAAAAGCCACCUGGUAUAGCUUUAUGGCAGCAUGAAUAUUUGUUUACUUG